AUGGUUGUGGAUGACUCGAUCUUUCACAACUUCGACAUCGAUGCAUCAGCGAACUCGGUUGCAGCUCGUUUGGUUUCGUCUGAUACCGAUCUCUCUCAACGUAUGUUCUUUCAUACCGUUGACGUAAUGGAUUUGACCGAGAGCUUGAAGGGCUUCGACGUUGUGUUCUUGGCUGCUCUUGUCGGGAUGGAUAAAAAGGAGAAAAUUAAAGUGAUCGAGCAUCUUGAGAAACACAUGUCUCCUGGUGCUGUGCUCAUGUUGAGAAGCGCUCAUGGACCUAGAGCAUUUCUCUAUCCUAUCGUUGAGCCUUGUGAUCUCCAAGGUUUCCAAGUUUUAUCUGUUUAUCACCCGACUGAUGAAGUUAUCAACUCCAUUGUUAUCUCAAGGAAGCUCGGUGGAGAUGGUAUUAAUGGUGAUGUUCAUGAUCACAUAGAUCAAGCUUCUGAUCUCGCGUGCAACUGUUCCAAGAUCCACGUGAUUAUGAACAAGAAGAAGAACAUUAUCGAGGAGUUCGCAGGCGAAGAACAACUUACAUAAAAAAUUGCUGCUUGAUUAAAGUUUUCUUGAUCUAUCUUAUGAUGUGUCUUUUUAAAAUUACGAAAAAUGUUGGCUGUUUUUGCUACAGUCUUGUUCUUGUCUUUAUCUUCUUCUUUUGUUCUGUUUCUUAGCAUCUGAUUUGAAAUUGACAAUGACCACUUCUUUUUUGGUUGUGGAUUCUGUGAUGUCUAUUGCAAUUUGCAAAGGGUGGUCAAUCAGAUUCUGUUAGACCGAACCGAUUAUUCUUGUCGGAAUAAAACAAAGAUGAAACAUAAUAAAGUGUCCCAUUAUUACGAUAA